AUGAUCUGGACAUGUUUGACUUGAAGAAAUACUCUGCUUCAGAGGAGGCUCUUCUGAAGCUGUUGCCAGUGGUCAAAGCCUCCAAAAAAGCUCUGCUGAGUGGCUGUGACCUGUCAAAGAGAAGCUGUAAAGCUCUGUCCUCAGUUCUCAGCUCAGAGUCCUCUAGUCUGAGAGAGCUGGAUCUGAGUAACAACAACCUCACGGAUACAGGAGGGAAGCUGCUCUCUGCUGGACUGGAGAGUCCACAUUGUACACUGGAGACUCUCAGGCUGAGUGGCUGUAACCUGUCAGAGAGAAGCUGUGAAGAUCUGUCCUCAGUUCUCAGCUCAGAAUUCUCUAGUCUGAGAGAGCUGGACCUGAGUAACAACGACCUGAAGGAUUCUGGAGAGAAACUGCUUUCUACUGGAGUGAAGAGUCCACACUGUAUACUGGAGACUCUUAGGCUGAGUGGCCGUAACCUGUCAGAGAUAAGCUGUGAAGAUCUGUCCUCAGUUCUCAGCUUAGAGUCCUCUAGUCUGAGAGAGCUGGACCUGAGUAACAACAACCUGAAGGAUUCAGGAGUGAAGCUGCUCUCUGCUGGAAUAAAGAGUCAACACUGUAAACUGGAGACGCUCAGUUUAUCAGGCUGUCUGAUCAGAGAGGAAGGCUGUACUUCUCUGGCCUCAGCUCUGAGCUACAACCCCUCCCAUCUGAGAGUGCUGGACCUGAGCUACAAUCAUCCAGGAGACUUGGGAGUGAAGCUGCUUUCAGCUAGAUGGGAGGAUCCACACUGCAGACUGGAUGAUCUAAGGCUAGAUCAUUGUGGAGAGCAGAGACGGAAACCUGGUCUGAGGAAGUGUAAGUCUGCUUUCACUUUGAUUCAUAAAACCAAGGCACAACAUCUUACAGUAGGAUUAGUAUUGUGUUAGUAUAUUUUUUCGAUUACUAACAAGCUUCAGUUAAAACAGAAGUCACAUUGUCAAAACAAUUCACACAGAGAAACAGAAGUCACA